CCAACACUUCCCUACCUUAGCUGACCCUAGCAGCAGUGCGUGAACGCAGGACAGGUUUCGAAACCACCAUCCACCAACCACCACCACACGUUGUCACUCUUUUUCCCUCUCUCUCGUUGUCCUUGGUGUAGCCGCAGCCCUCGUCACUUUGCAUUGACAAACCUUCAUAGGUACCUUAUUCAUUCCCACCCCUCCCGAACUAGCCGCUUGCCGCCCGCCAAACCCGCGCCUACCUCGCCAUCUUAUAGCCCCCGUCAUCAUGCACUCCUUUGCGCCCCGUCUGCUCUCCCGAGCUUCUUCUUCCCCAAUCCGCUCUUCUAAUAUCCUCACUUCCACUUCUCGCUCUUCUCUUCGUCUUCAACAGCGACUCCCGGCGCAUCGCUUCUACUCCUCUGAACCCCCUAAGAAAUCCUCGGGCGUCAAGUUCUGGCCCUUCCUCGUUGUUGUCGGUGCCGGUAGCUUUGCUUACAAGCUCCUCGUCGAUCAAAGAGCAGAAAUGGCCUCCCUCCCCGCCCCCGAGGCAAAGCAAGGUCUCCCCGCCCCAACAAAGUCGACCCCGACCUUCUCCCCCGCCGACGUGACCGUCCUUUUCGUCCUCGGCGGCCCCGGCGCCGGCAAGGGAACCCAGUGCGCCCGCCUCGUCUCCGACUACGGCUUCACCCACCUCUCGGCCGGCGACCUCCUCCGCGCUGAGCAAGACCGCCCCGGGUCCCAGUUCGGCCAGCUCAUCAAGGACUACAUCAAGGACGGCCUCAUCGUGCCCAUGGAAGUCACCGUCCAGCUGCUUGAGAACGCCAUGACGGAGACGAUCAAGAACAACCCGGGCAGCAAGGCCCGCUUCCUCAUCGACGGCUUCCCCCGCAAGAUGGACCAGGCCGUCAAGUUCGAGGAGGCCGUCUGCCCCGCCAAGCUCGUCUUGUUCUACGACUGCCCCGAGGACGUCAUGGAGAGCCGCCUGCUCGAGCGCGGCAAGACGAGCGGUCGCGCUGACGAUAACGCCGAGAGCAUCCGCAAGCGCUUCCGCACCUUUGUCGAGACGAGCAUGCCCGUCGUGGACUACUUUGAAAAGGAGGGCCGCGUCGUCAAGCUCGAUGCUACGCCUUCGCCGCAGGAUGUGUACAGCAAGACGCGCUCCGAGCUCUCCAAGCGCUUGGGCAUCUGAGUUUUGGGGGCUGAGGAGAAAUCGAUUUCGGUGCUCUGCGACAGAGUUGCGGGUUGCAGCUUAGAUCGAAUGGCGGGGGGACUACGCGCACCUAUGCUGGUUAAACAGUUUGGCCUGCGUUUCUCCUAGGUUCGCUCACGCCUUGGCCAUGGUGGGAGACCCCAGUCUUUUUCCAUGCCGCAUGGCUGAAAGUGAACAUCAGACUUGGGGAUGAGGAAAAAAGGGCAAAACAAAUUCAAUGCUAGAGAGGGAAGCGGUAGAGAAGGGUCAGCUCGAUUUUGGCAUAGACUCCUAGAAGAAGGGCCUUUCGCCAUGUGUGUGUGUGCUUGUAUAAGAAGUUCCGGAGUCGAAAAAAAGAUUCCUUUUUCUCUUUUGUUGUUUGUCUAUUGUAUAUCUAGACAUGUACUAUCGAGUUUCUUCAAUCCGAAUCCUCAUAAAAAAAAAACAGAAGUAUUCAAUAUGAAAUGCCGA